GCCUGUGCCUGGUCUGGACUAGGUGGGUGGUACUGAGUAACAUCCACAUUAAUGCCAGGUCCAAAAGUUUACCAACAGAUUUAUUAUUUAUUUAUUUACUUCACCUGUCAGUUUUAGGGUUGUGGCUUAUUGAUGUGUGGCCUGUUGCAAGUUCAAAACUCUUUUAUUAUUUUUCUGCGAUAGUUACCUGCCUAACUGUCGUUGAUUGUCGAGUCGUGACAGUCUCCAUCUUAACUCUACAGUAUCUUUGUUCAACGGCAACGUCUCGCGAGAACUGCGAAGUCACGUGGACAAUGGCUGAAGAUAGCGGAUAUUAGAAGAGUUAAAAAAGGAGGUGAAGCUGUGACUCUUCUGCACUGAUAACACUACUGAGACUGCGUGAUGCCUCACAUAUUCAACCAUGGGAGGCUGCUCCUGCAGCGCCUUCAUGAGCAGCGGGAGAUGGACUUCCUGUGUGACAUAACCAUAAUGGUUAGAGACGUGGAGUUCAGAGCUCACCGCAAUGUCCUAGCUGCUUUCAGCGAGUACUUCUCCUCCCAGGCCGAGCGGGGUCAGGAGGUCACGACCUUGGAUCCGGACAAGGUCAGCCGCUACUCUCUGGAGAAGCUGCUUGAGUUUGUCUACACAGGACACAUGAAUCUCAGCAGUACCAGACAAGCAGCCGUACGCCGAGCCGCUGUCUUCUUGGGAAUGUCUGAGGCCACAAAGUACCUGGAAGAAAUCCCUCACUGGUCUAAUCCAAGUGAAACGUUCCAGUCGGAGGCAGAUCAAGAAGCCGGUCUUUCUCCUUCCAGUGCUGCCUCUCCUGGAAGCCCGAGCUCCCCACUUCCCCUGUCUAUUGUCUCUGCUGCACGGGACUGGCCAGAGGAGGGGGAGGGUGAGAAAGAGCAGGAUGAUGAGAACAGGGAUGUCGAUCUGGAAGAUGGAGACAGACGUGAUGAAGAGUACAACCCUACAAUGCCUAGAAGCGCUGGAAGAGGACAGGGCAGGAAAAGAGGUAGAAGGCCCAAAGGUUUCAGCAGUGAGCAGGUGGACCAGAGUAUCUCCACUGACGCCACUCCCAAAGCCCAAGGCUACAAGGGAAGGGGGAGAGGCAAAAGGAGAGGCAGGGGGAGAGGCAGGGGGAGAGGAAAAGGAAGCUAUAAAACUGAAGAUCUGUCUUUGGAUGAUUCCGACAUGGAUGUGAAGGACUUCGGAGAUACCUCUGCAGACUGGAGCCCCUCUCAGGAUGAUGAGACUCCGCUUAAGAAACCUCGGCUGAGCAGUGGCGAGGGAAGAAGAGGUCGAGGCAGGGGGAAAGGCCGAGGGAAGGGUAGGGGACGAGGCAAAAGGAGGGCCAACAUGGAGGAGGAGGAGGCAAGCGGCAUGUUCAGGGCUGAUGACGAGGAGGAGGAGGAGGAGGGAAAAGAGUGUGAGAUGGGGGACCAGGAUCCAUCAGAGAUGCUGUCGUGCACAGAGUGCAACAAACUGUUUAAAGAUGUGAGCAGCCUGCGUCGCCACGAGAAGAUCCACGAGGGGUUGAAACCAUUCUCAUGCAUCUUCUGCUCCAAAACCUUCAGACAAGCUACGCAGCUGAAAACACACCUGCGCAUACACACUGGCGAGAAACCUUUCAGCUGCUGCGACUGUGACAAGUGUUUUGCUCAAAAGUGCCAGCUAGUCGCUCACCGCCGAAUGCACCACGGAGAGGAGAAGCCCUAUACCUGUGAACGCUGCGGAUUCAAGUUUGCCACUUCGUCAAACUACAAAAUACACAUCAGACUGCACAGCGGGGAAAAACCAUACGUCUGUGACAUCUGUGGUCAGGCGUUCGCUCAGUCCAGUACACUGACGUACCACAAGCGUCGACACACCGGAGAGAAACCUUACCAGUGUGAUCUGUGCGGCAUGUCUUUCUCUGUUUCCUCCUCCCUUAUUGCACAUGCAAGAAAACAUACAGGUGAAACUCCGUACAAAUGUUCGCAGCCAAAAUGCGACGCAAAGUUUGUCACAUCUUCGGAACUGAAGAAACACAUGCGCCGACUUCAUCCAGAGGGAAACAACGGUGUGCAGUGUCUGCUGUGUGGAAAUCGUUUCGCCAGUGUGAAGAACAUGAUCAAACAUCAGGAGAAGGCUCAUGCUGAUGAAGUGCGGCAACACAAGGAGAGAGCCAGAGCUGUAGUUCUCCUGGCUUCCAGCCAUCCUGUGGCUUUUGUCCAAAGCAAACUCUCACAGGAAAACAAAGGUUUGGUUUCCAUCCCAGAGGGUGAGCCAGCAAACCCUGAACCUGCCACUCCCAACCCCAAAGCCGCUGUGACCUCUGCCGCCCCCUCCGACCCCGCAACCACCAACACCAACACCGACAGCCCCCUCAUCCAGGACUUCAAGACGGAGCCUGUCCACCCUCCUCUCACCACCACAGACCAGCAGGUGACCUUCGAGGCCGACCAGGAGCAGACCAUCAACUCAGACACCCUCCACGCAUUGGUGGAGCAACUGCGACCGCCGCCCUCCCCAGCCCAGAGCCUGGAGCAGAUCGUCAUCAUCAGGACGGUGGACACUGCCGAAAACAACCCUCCUCAGCAGUGAAACUUGAGGAUCCAGAGUCAGAGGUCACUGUGCUAGAACAAUCUCUUCUUUUUAACAUCUAACCACAGUCAGUCACUGUGUGGAAUUAGGGCAGAACUUGCAUUCAGGUUGACAUCUCAGUAAAAUGCUCUCACAAUCGCAACAUUAUGUCGUUUUGUAACAACUUCGGCCUUAUUUUCAUUGUUUUAUCAGUCAUUUCUGUCGGUCUCACUAAAUUGGAGAAACCAAGAGUCACAGAUGAAAAUAAACCUGAUCAGACAAAAAUAAUUUGGAAGACAAACCCACAUCAGGUUUUAAACCAACCCUUUGUACUCACUCUGGUGGGGUGCAACUAUUAAUUAUUGAUUAAUCAAUGAAAUUAUUGAGUCUCAAGUGUUGCUAAGAUCUUGUUUUUCCAAAAGCAAAACUGAGGAAAUAUGUCUGUCAAGAGCUGUUUUUGACUGUAAAAUGAUUCAUUGUAUCUAUAAAAGUUGGAAAAUGGUGAAAAAUGCUUCUAUAGGAGAUUCUAAAGACACUCCUUAUAUCUGCUGAUCGGUCUGUUGAUGAACUAAACUAAUCUGCAACUAAUCUGGAUAAACAGCCUGUUUUGUCUGGUCAGACUUGCAUUAGAACUACAGUAAAAACUACAAAAAUAAGACCUGAGUUGUGAAAGAUGCAAAUCUUUUAAGCGAUACCUUGUCACUAAAAUUAAAAAGCCACCCAAACUUUUAAAUCGUAGUCCGUUAUCUGUUGUAAUCGUAUUUUGUAAAAUAGACAGCUGUUGGUCGGGGAUCAAAUUUUGAGGCGGCUACAAUAUGUGCACAGUCCUUAAUGCCUCAGUUGUAGGAUCCAUUCAACAGGCGUAAUCUACCAAAAGUUGUUGAAGGAUUCAUUGUACUUAAACCAAACCAGCCAAAACAUAAUGACCACCAAGUGCAAAAAUCUUCUACAAGGAAACCUGGGUUCUGGUAUUUAUGUGGAUGUUACUUUGAUAUGUUGAACAUUGUUACAGACUAAGAACACCCCCAUGGGUAUGGCAAUGGGGUGUUCCUUGCAUCCUAGUAACACAUGUUCCUCAGAUGAAUGACAAAUGACAAUGACAAAAGCAUAAUUAAUCAGACCAGAUCAACUUUUUCCCCGUCUCAAUACCAAACAAAGUGUGAUACAUUUUGUGUUCUAUCAGAACCAGCAUCAACUUUUUCAGUAGUUUGAGCAACAGUAGUCGUACCUCUGCAGACCUGGAACACCUCAAAAGAUCUGCAGUUCUGGUCUUCGUCAAAGUCGCUCAAACUUUCCACUUGUCCAUUUUUCCUGCUUCUAACAUGAAAUGUUCACUUGCUGCUUGAUAUAUCCCACCCACUGAAUCACCAGAUAACUUAUUCACAUCACUUGUCAGUGGUCAUAAUGGCUGGUUGGUAUAAGUUCUUUUCAACAUCUCAUAAUUAACUGGUUAUCAGUUCUGUUCAUUCAUGGUAAACAUGCCUCAUAUUUCCAAUACACUCUUAAAAUAAUCAUUAUAUUUACAGAUUCAGCAUCAUUACUCCUAUCACCAGAUAAUUGAAUGUGGUGACAACAUGAACUAGAAGGAUUUGGAUUGGAAGCAGGAAAUCUCACUUUCCUUAUAGACUACUACUAGCCUCUCUAAUGAAUGCUAGAAAUGUGUCAAAUAUUAACAGCUUUACAUUUUCUUCGAUGUGGCUUAUGAAUUUUUAUGACAAAAAAAAAAACAGACCUGUGGCUGCAGCUACUUCCUGUUAUACAUUUGUUUCGAUGGAGGAAUACAUGUAGGCAGUCAGUGCAAUCCCUGCGUUGUUUUCAUAGUCAAAGUAGUGAAUAAAGUUUUUUGAUUUGACACAGUACAUGCUCCACUUUGCAUAGUUUGACGUGUGAUGGUGGCUUGAUUGAUGUAAACACAGCCCUGUCUUUUUUUAAAGCAGCUGCAUCUCAUAGAGUUCAGUAUCCUGUCAACUUGAACGUAGCUCUUCGAUCGUCUCAUGCUAUGCUACUUUUUUUAUUUUAUAUUUGCAUUACUUGUACAGACAUGCAAGUCCACUUGUGUAAGAAUAAACAGUAGAACAGCAAAAAUAAACUUAAAGAUAAAAUGUGAAA